AUGGCAAAAGCAGGACCUGCAAAGCUUUGGGCCAUUUUACAAGACGAAGGCUCCUGGAUUGGGCAACUGCGACAGGACAUCGCAUGGUUGGUCCAUGGAGAUGAGGCCAAUUGGCCUAGCCCUUGCGAAGAAGCCUGGCCACAGUGGUGGAAGCUACUCAGAGACGCGCCGCAAAGGAUCAAGAGACGCACCAACAAGCAGCUUGCGAAGGACUUCAUCGCGUACCAGGAGGAGAUGACCAGCCAGCUCUGCUUGUGGACCCUGUUUAAGACUGUGGCGAAUCCCAGCCAAACAGGGCCUGCUGCUUGGCCUUGCCGAUCCUGCAGAAAGUCCUUCCGCAGCAAGGCCGCUUUAGGCGUCCACCUCUUCAAAGUUCACGGUCGCUGCGCGGAGUAUCGCUACUUCAUCUCUGGGACUGUCUGCUUGGUCUGCCAGAAGCAGUUCUGGACAGAGGGAAGGCUUGAAGACCAUGCACGCGCUUCUUCCCACUGUGCCAAGCGCUGGCCUACCUUUGGACAGAAGAAAUCCGAAGCUGCCCCGGGCUACGGCAGCAAAAAGCGUCGGCAAAAGGAGAUCGAGGGAUUCACUCUGGCUCCACCAAGCCAGAUGACAAAGCAGAGCAUCCACGUGGAUGCACACGAGUGGACCAGCUGGCAGCAAGGUUUUCACCGAGCUCUCUGCGACUUCUUCUUCGACGCUGACUCCCCCACUGAGCCCCGUGCGUGCUACCAGGCUCUCGACAAGAUCAGGGCCGAGCACCACCUCUACCCGGCAGAGCUCCAGGCGGUGAUGCAGUUCCUCAUCACCGAGAUCGAGAUGCUGCAGUCAGACGAGGCGAUCCGCCCAUGGACCUCGCAGCAAUACCAAGCCUGGAUUGUAGCUGCCCGAACACUCCUUGAAGACGAGGUUAUCUACGACGAUGGCCAACAAGUGCUCAAGGACAUGCCUACCCUUGCGACUUUCAAAGAAAGGAUGCAAGACUUCGACUGGGGCGAGGCCAUCCGCGAGACGGCCGGAGAUGACGUGACCCGAGACAAGCCGUUGUACUCACUGGACAGUUGCUGGGAAGAAGCGUGGCGACUGUACAGGGACGGCUUGGAUAGCGCAUCCGUCGUCAGGGACCCCAGCCUUCUUUUGCCAAAGGAGCUGCAACAUGUUUGGUUGCGACUGCUCAGCGGCAAUCGUCCGCAAGUAGCAGCGCCGGCUUCCUUUUGGCGCCACCCUCUGGCUAUCGCUUUUGAGCCACUGAAGAGGGCAAUUGCAAGUCUGUAA